UACAUUAUAUCGCGGUGUUCACGUGGCGACAUCGCUUGAGAUGCUUCAGUCAACAUUUAUUAAUGAUACAUCGGGAUCAGUGCAGUUGUUGACUUGCAUGACUAUGUCCUGUAGACAACCAAUUAGCAUCAUGUUCGGAUACAUUUUGGCAUCUUUGUUCUUGUCGUGCAUGGUGCCCGGGGGUUGGGCCACACCCCUGGACGACUACGUGAACCGGCCCGACCCCACGUACUCGUAUGAGAUCAUUGAGACGCUCCAGGGGGAGGGGUACACGCUUUACAACAUCAACAUGACUUCACAGACUUGGAAACCAGAUCUUCAGAGCCAGCCGGUGUGGUGGCACUACCUGUCCGUCACUGUCCCGGAUAAGAUCCUCAUCAAAGGGGCUGGAUUCAUGCUUAUUGACGGAGGAUCCAACCACGACGGCCCUCCCAAGCCGACGGAAAAUUUCGUUCGACUGACCUCAGUCGUCGCAGCCACAACCGGAACCAUCGGGGCGUGUCUGAAGCAGGUCCCUAACGAGCCGAUCACUUUCCAUGCCGACCCCCAAAAGAAGAAUCGCAACGAGGACGCCAUCAUCGCCUGGACUUGGAAGACAUUCGUGGAUCAGAAUGGGUCGGAUCCGGAAAUACUUCUGCGAAUGCCCAUGACAAAGGCAGGUGUCCGAGGCAUGGACACUGUCAAUGAUAUAACACAGAAAAAACUUGGUGUGACCACAGAUCGCUUCCUUGUCGCCGGAGCGUCAAAACGAGGCUGGACGACGUGGACGGUUGGAGCCGUUGACAAGAGAGUAAUUGCCAUAGCACCCAUGGUCAUGGACCUUCUUGAUAUGCAGAAUAACCUGCACCACUACUAUCGCUCUCUGGGCGGCUGGACGUUCGCGUUCGAUGAUUACUACGCACUCAACUUCACCAAGGAGCUCGACAGCCCCUACAUCAAGGCCAUGGCUGCCAUCAUCGACCCUCUUUCGUACAACGACCGUUACGCCAACAAGCCAAAGUACAUCACCAGUACGGGAGGAGACGAGUUCUUUAUGGUUGAUGACUCCAAGUACUAUUAUAAUAUCAUCAAAGGAGACACAUACCUCAGGAUGGUACCGAAUGCAGAGCACAGUCUGGCCGGUCAUGAGACAAGUGUGAUGUUUGCGAUUCGAGCGUUCUACCUUCAAGUUAUUAAUAAUAAGCCACUUCCGAAAAUGAACUGGGUGCUGAACACGACAUCUACCGGAGGCAAGAUAAGCCUGACCACGGACGUACAGCCACUAACCGUGGACGUUUACCAUGCCACCACCCUGGAUGGCAAGCGAAAAGACUUCCGAUUACUGCGUGGCACACCUGGCGAUCCCAGCAAGCCACAGCCUCAUCCGGUGCUAUGGAAACGAACGUACGCCACACCCUCUAGCGCCUUGAGCUGGGAGGUGGAGUUUACAAACCCACCGACCGGAUGGACAGCAUUCUUUAUACAGGCCACAUUUCAAGGCAUCGAUGGAGCAGUGCUCGAGAUGACGACCCAGACGCUAGUAAUUCCGGACACUUACCCGUUCCCAGACUGUCAUGGUGAUGAUUGUCGAGGGACGCUCGUAUAGAGGCGUACAUUCACUUCCGCUUUCAACAACAUUCCAUGAAUUCAAUCAUGUAUAUUCGAUGACUCAUGUUUAUUAUGAAGUUUUUACAUUGUGCAAUACGCUUAAUGAAUGUGUUAGAACAUAUGCGUAAAAUGUUUCACUUUUUAUGAUAUUAUACCUGCGUUAUUCUAGUCGCUAAAUGUGUAAGUGUAUGUGACAUAUAACUUUUACUUUUGAUUGUUUGGAAUGAUGAUAUUAAUAUGUGUAACAGAAAAAACGACUUGAAUAAAUCA